AUGGAUAUCACCCAGCAAUUCGUUCUCCUAUUGCUUGGAGCUUUAACCGUCAAAGAGAGCUUCGGCUACAUGAGAGCAUGUUACUACACCAACUGGUCCCAGUUUCUGCCAUCGUCAAGCCGUUUUCUUCCUGGACGCAUCCCUCCACAGCUGUGCACUCACCUGAUUUUCGCCUACGCUGACAUCCGGGCGACCAACAUCACGCCUACAGAGUUCAACGACAUUGAGAUGUACAACCGAAUCAACCGUUUAAAAAGGGACCGGCCAAAUCUCCAGGUGAUCCUAGCAGUGGGCGGCUGGGCCGCUGGCGGGGAACGUUUUAACAGACUGGUGUCGUCAGAGGCGUCCAUGCUCCAGUUUGCCCGGAACCUGGUGGUCUUUCUGAGGAGACACAAUCUGGACGGGGUGAAUAUUGACUGGCAGUACCCGACAUCCAGGCCUAGAGGAAGUGGUCCCGGGGACAGACUCCGCUACACACGUCUGCUACAGUGUACAGGCUGGCAGUGCCUAGACUCCAAACAGAGUUGGGCCCUGGGAUUUAACUCUGCCGAGACACCUUUUCUUUACCAGGGAGUCCUUGACUUUGCGUUCCUCAUGGCGUACGACCUGCACGGGCAAUGGGAGGACCCGUCAUCGGGUGCUCUCCAUCAUGCGCCCCUGGACCCGGAAGUUAGAACGUUUGUCGAAGGCUGGAUAGAGUCGGGUUUUCCGGCCAGAAAGCUAGCUCUGGCUGUAUCUGGGUUUGGCCGAUCGUUCACUUUGACCUCUGAACCUGAGGGCAAUGGCCUUGGGCAGGAAGUGACCGGCGGAGGAGCUCCUGGUCCGUUCUCCCGUGACCAGGGUUUACUUGACUAUGCAGAGGUUUGCCGAAACCUGGAAGAGGGAAACUGGACGAGGGUCUGGCUGCAGAACGAAGGCGUCCCGAUAGCUUUUGGAAACACGUCACGGGGCUGGCAAUGGGUGGGUUACGACGACCCACAGAGUCUUGAACUGAAGGUAAUCUAG